CAGCGCCCGCAGCCGAGCCCGGAGCCCCCCGUGGGCUGCGGCUGCCCCGCAGCGACGGACGGGACCCGACGGGACCGGAGCGGACGGGACCGGACGGGAGCAGCCAGGCCCGGCCGCUCCCUCAGGGUGAGAUUGCCUCUGUCCAAGGAAACGGGAACGCAGCAGGAAUACACAAGGUGCCCAAGCCCACGACAAAGCAAAGCCUUCACCUAAAGGGAACAGAACAGAAACAUGGCUGAAUUCACAGGGUACAAGGAAACCUCCAAUCGGCACCUACGCUUCAAGCUGCAGAGCCUCAGCCGCCGCCUCGAUGAGCUGGAGGAGGCAACCAAGAACCUGCAGAAAGCUGAGGAUGAGCUGCUGGAGCUCCAGGACAAGGUUAUCCAGGCGGAAGGCAGCAACUCCAGCAUGCUGGCUGAUGUUGAGGCCCUGCGGAAGAGGGUGCUGAAGAUUGAAGGCAAGGAUGAAGAGAUCAGGAAGGCUGAAGAGCUGUGCCGGUUAAUGAAAGAGAAGCUUGAGGAGGAGGAGAGCCUCACCCGGGAGCUGAAGGCAGAAAUCGAGCACCUGCAGAGGAGAAUGGCGGAGCUGGAGAAGCUGGAGGAGGCCUUCAGCAGGAGCAAGAACGACUGCACUCAGCUGUGUCUGAGCCUCAAUGAGGAAAAGAACCUGACCAAAAAGAUAUCGACGGAGCUGGAAGUGCUUCGUGUGAAGGUGAAGGAGCUGGAGGCAUCUGAGGACAGGCUGGAUAAAACAGAGCAGAGCCUGACGGGAGAGCUGGAAAAACUGAAGUCCUUAGCACUGAGCUUCAUCACGGAGAGAAAACACUUUAAUGAAAGGGAAAAGCAGAAUGAGAAAAUCAUCCAGGAGCUAACACAGAAACUGGAGCAAAACAACAAACUCAAUAGGGCAGAUCAAACCAGGAAUGCAUCCAACCUGCUAGAGAGGUCAUCAAAUAACCUGCUAGACAGAAAUGAUUUGAGGAUUGAAGAUGACCUGACUUCGGCGUUGCCCUCCAAGGAGACCAGGAGGAAGGGAAGUGUGGAUUACCUGAAACACGUUGAAAAUGAGACCAGGAAUAAGUCAGAAAACCAGAAGAAUAAAAACCAGGAGGACAACAAAGUGAAAGAUCUCACCCAAGAAAUCGAGAAACUUAAAACUCAGAUAAAACGGUUUGAAUCUUUAGAGGAAGAGCUUAAGAAAGUGAGAGCCAAGAAUAAUGACCUCCAGGACAGUUACUUGAGUGAGCAGAACAAAAACAAGCUCUUAGUGGGUCAGCUGGAAGAAAUAAAACUGCAAAUAAAGAGACAGAAAGAUCUGGAGAAUGGAGAGGUGGAAAACGAAGAAACAGGGUUUGCUAGCAGGGGCAAACAUGACAGACCUAAGUACAGGGGUGUCAUAGCUGAUCUGACAGCUGCCAAGCACAAGCCAAGGGAGCUCUCGCCCCAGCAACGCCGGGAAAGAGCAAGGAACAGAGAUUUCUCCAUCAGCAAUGACAGUUAUGCCCACGGUGGGAAGCAGGUGUCCAGUCCAAGCUUAACAACCAGGAAAGCAGGCAAAGCAUCUGGUGCCUCUGCCCUUUCAGAUGCUGCCGCCACGGACACAAAGAGACUGGAAGAGAAAUCUUCAGUUCCCACUUUGUCUUCUGGUCAGAAGGAAACCUGCAGCCCUCAGAAUGAGGGGAAGAGAGCGAAAGAGCAGCCCUCCGUGCUGAGCCGAUACCCUCCUGCUGCACAGGAGCAGAAGGCUUGGAAAGCACCUUCCAAAGCUGUCGGAGACCCAGGCCUGAGAUCCAAGGCUGAGAAGCCAUCUCAGGUGCUCCGUGGCAACGGAGCUGACGCACGAGAGGAGAAGUCAAACAAAGGGGAAUCGGUGGCUUCUUUGGCUGAGAAGCUGAAGCCAAGUCAGGCAGAAGUCAGUGACUGCUCAGGGGACACCAGGGGUAACCACACGUCUUCCAAUGGCACAGGUUCUGCAUACAAGUACCAGCUCUCCUCCCAUGUGUCAGCAUCUGACUCUAAAGUAGAAGCAGUGAGCACUGCUGCUGCAUCUCACAGGCAGCCUUCGGAGGGGAGGGCCAAAAGAGCAAUCAUGUCCCAGGAAAAGGAGUUUGCAGACACAUCACUUGAAUGUGGGAAGCCUUCGACACUAACCAAGUGUUCGCAUCGCUCCAGGAGUCAGGAGGAUGUGCUGCAGGUUACCACAGGGCUCGAUAAGGAAGACCCGGAGCAGUCUUCAAGUGCAGUGAUGGAGCGUGUAAAUGCUUGCUUAAAAAUGGACUCCAAAAGCAUGCAGAGUAACCAAGAAAAGCUUCAUUCAGAUGAGGAAUCAGGAAGAAGCAAGAAAACACAAUCAGAUUUUGAGACGAGAAGGAAAGGGAAUUCCAAGCAGUUCUCCAAUUCCAGGGGGGUUUUUAGAGCAUCGCUUUUGGAAAAUGACACAACCAGUGUGAAUGAGGAAGACCCCAGCAAGGGUAUCAAACCACCCGAUGCCAGCACUGCAGGACUUAAAUCCAGAAGGUCGUUCAGCCCAAGAGAAGCUCUGAGAUCAAAAGCUGUCAUUAAACCUGCAAUUGUUGAAAAGGAUAUGAAGGCAGUGAUGGGAGGAACCGUUUGUGAGGCUGAGUCCGAGAAACAAAAGUCUGUUUUUAAACCAGUAACAAAUAAAAUGACAAGCAGCAUCACAAUCUUCCCUUCUGAGCCAACAGCUCCAAGAGCCAGUGCGGAUACAGCAGCAAAGGAAAGACACGUUACCACCAGCAACAUCAGAGUUGCUCCAAAUGAGCCUUCACCAGUAGCAAACAGUCUCCCCACGCCUGUUGAGAUAUCGAUCAGUAAAAGUGCUCUGAAAUCAUCUGAGGCAGACAGGACUGGAGAGGCAGCACCAAGAAGCAAAGCAGAAACAGUGGUCUCAAGGAGCAGCAUCAUGAUAAAGACUUCGGAGCUCAGCGAGAGGAGCACUGAGCCAGAGACAAUCAGCUGGAAGAGCCAUGGCUCUGCAGAUGCAGUUUCAUGUGAAACAAAGCACGUCACUGUGAGAAGUUCCUGGAGAACCAGGCAAGGCUUACAUUCCCUGGAGCACCCUCAGCCCAAAGGGGAGAGAAGUGCAGCUUCCAGUACUACAAGCAGGUGUAUGUCCUCAGUGGACCUCUCGGAAAUGGAAGGGAACAAUGCAAGAACGAACCUCGUGGAGCAGACCUCAGCAAGGACCAAUGCCACAGCUGAUUCCUGGAGUGCCCCUGAACUGGGAUCCCGAAGGACCAAAAGUAACUUAAGUGCAUCUGAACUGCUAACACGCAGGAGCUGUGCAAGUGAUCCUGCAGCAGCUUCUGCUUGGCACCGGACCACACUACCUGAUGAAAGCAAAGACUUUGUGCCCAGCUCCAGAAGAAGACAGUGCAGCUCUUCGGAGUAUCUGUCACAGGUGGACACAGCAGGGAAGAGGCCAACAAGCAAGAUGGAGCUGCAGGACCCUGAAUGCAACCCUCACACACCACUGGGUCUCCAAGGGGAGGAGCAGGGUACAUCCCGGGCCUGCCGGACAACAUCUCGGAGAUGAGCUGUGUUGCCUUCCACCCAAAGAACACGCUGCACAGUGGAGCAAGAGGCAGGACAGUACCAAGCUCAUGGGUGUCCCACCUGUUUUUAACCUCUGCGCAGGCUUAAGCAAGCCUGAAACCAGUUUUCUAAUGCGAUCUGCAAGGUACAGGAGCUUUACCAGUGAAUCCAUUUUCUUCUUUGCUGAAGAGGCAGCUGCAGAGACUUUGCUCAGGGGACUCCCACUUCUCAUCUCUGUACCUGCAAUCUUACAUCUGCUUCAUAGGAUGAUAGGUCUGUCUCCAUAUGGAAGUCUUGACUGCACAGCCACUCUGAACGAUGGUACUGCCUGCACAAGAGAGAACUCCUUAAUCACUUGCAUUUAGAUAAGAUCCCAGAAGUAUCCCUGUGGCUACAGUCCACCAGCCCAUGACAGCUGUCCUGCAUGGCUCCACAUCCAAAAGCUUUCCGUUUCUAGGGAGAGUUUGCAUUCUCCUAAUCCACCUUUGUUGGCUUGGGUUGUGGUCACCUCAGUACCUGUGUUCCCAGCACCCUCUGUCAUAAGGCAGGAGGAAACCAUUCCCCACUGGUUGCUUUACACACUAAGAGUGAAGGAGAGCAGAAAAUACUGUAUAGAAGCAGCUCCCUCCCUGUUGCUGUCAGUCUGCAGCAAGCUUUGCAUGACCUGCUCAUCACAAGCUGAGAUCCUGCACCAAGAAGUCAAGCACUGAGCCAAACCAGCAUCAGUUCAUGCAGCAGUGAAACUCCCUCCCGACUUGGAUUGCGGUGCUUUCUUACCUGAAGCUUUAUGUCUUGUGCUCUGCAGGCAACAGCCCUGCUGCACUUUGUCAGCAGUUGUGCUCUAAGGGAAACACAAGCAGAAUGUCCUUGUUCCUUUCAAAAACAGGCUGGAGGCAGUGGGAUUGGAACCUCAGAUGAGCUCCAGUAAGGCUAUCUAGGCAGCCUCGGUCCAUGCACCUCUUCGGGACCACCUCAUCUGCCGUGGCUGGGACUCAGGUAUGGUCAGAGACUGCUUCCCAUAGAGGUACGUUACCCUGCCAGUGCCCACAGGCAGAUGAUGAUGAUGAUGAUGAGUGCAGAUGAUGUUGCUGUUGGGAGACACCAACCCCACAGCUCCAGGAGAUGCUCAGGUGUUGGAGCAGCAUCUGCCCUGAGCAAGGUGACUGCAUGUGGCUCACACAGAGCUCUGCAGGACCUUCCUUUACAUCCCAUCACCCCACUGCAGGUUCUGUGCUGCCUGUUGGGAACAGGCACCCCUCUUGCUGAGGGACAAGGACAACAAUGCAGAAGGGAAAAGGUCCCUUGUUUGGUUGGAGGUGCUGCAGGAACAGCCGUGCCCCAGCAGCUCCCAUACGCACCCUGCUCAUUCCCACAGCUCACCUUCCAGAGUGAUGGAAGUGACACAGGCACAGCAGUGACACAGGCACAUCCAUGGCUCUUGUCCUCCCUGUCCCUUGCGAUUAUGCCUCAAUUCUGAGAGGCAAAUGAAUGAGGAAAAAACAGCUGGUAGGAAAAUGUCUAUGAAAGCAUUUCUAUAAAAAGUGUUUCAAUGAUGUGAUUUUUCUUCUAAAAAAGGUUGUUUGGAGGAAGGGAAAAAUAUUUUUAGGAAAAAGUUUCAUUUUGCAAUUUUUAGGUGGUUUCCCAAAUUUAUAUUUUUAACCCUUUAGUUUCUAUUUCGUGACAUGUCCAAGUGUCACAUUAACAAGACAAAGAGAUGAUGCUAUCUCCUACCAUUCAUUUCAUGUCAUGGCCAUGCUCGUAGAGAAGGGGAUAAACAGAUCAUCACCUGUAAUGGGAAAGAAUCUUUGAUUCAGAAUGCAAACUGAAGGUAACUGAGGUUAAUUCAGAUUCCUACACUGCCUCCCCUGCCCCGUGUUUAUGGGAAGGGACAAACCAGUGCAGAUGGAACUGAAACCACAAGGGGUUGGGGUUCAGUCUCCACACUGAGCACCCUGCUCUGCUCAGAGGUUUCUGUAGGGCAAGAUCAUCACUGCCACACAAAAAGUCAUCACUUGAACAGCAUCAGCUCCCUCAGCUCCUCAUGCAGCCCUGCAGGCUGUCCAGAGAGGCAGAGCUGCAGCCUGAGCAGGUGAUCCAUCUCAGCAGUGUCUCAGGACUGGCUCACUGCCCUCUGCCAGGCUCAAGAUGCCACCUUCUGACUCCUUCAUGGUAAAGAACAUACUUCCCUUCAAACUAAACGUGCUGUCUCAGGGCCUCUUCCACCCGUUGCAUGGGAGAUGCUGCUGCUACCCCCUUCCAAGCCACUGCAGUGAGUGGCCCAACUGCCUCCUGCAUCACCUGCUUGCUCAAGCUGGGAGGUCACAUCUUGGCAUGUACCUGCCUCUGCAGACACCACAGCAAUCAUUUACCUCCAUUUCCAUUCCCAAACCUGCUGCUAAGCAGCUCUCCAGCCAUACAGCACAUACCCAGUUAGUCCCUGUGGAAGAGCCACUGCUGAAGACCUGCUUGGCAUUGCAGUUCAGCAGAAGACCUCCCCCUGCCCCAUGUCACUGCUGCCCAGGACCUCCAGCUGCAAACAUCUGGACAGCACAUCUGCACUGCUUUGAGCAGUGACUGCAUGGAAGGAAACUUCCAGUGAGGAGCCCCAUCCAGUUGCAGGACAGUGGCUGCACACAUCAACAGCCCUCGCCUCCUCAAGUCCAUGGAUCCAGCUUAGUAUGGUGCUUCCAAAGCUCCUUCCAAGGGAACUGGCUUCAGGUCCAUCCAGGAAUGCUCUGCAUCUCUAUGACACAACACGCUGGGUCAACACAACCUUCCCUGUACUUCUGCACCAAACUCGAUGAGCUUUUCACCCCCACAGCUCAUCCCAGCAAUGCAAUCCCCUGUCUGAAGUGCACCACCAGCAAAAGCUGUUGCUUUUCCCCUUCUGUCAGCCAGGACCAGGUUUUCCUUAGCCAUGGGCAAGUGGAGGGCUUCACACUGCUCUUGACGGGCUCAGGAUGUGCAGCAGGAGCCCCCCAGUUGCUGCUCAUAGGGAAUGUCUCUCCUUUGGCUGCAGCAGUGGUUGGGUCAAUACUUCACAUAUCCUCAACUCCUGCUCUAGACUCAGUCUCACUGCUUGUGCAUGGUGAACACAGGUGUCACUCAGUAACUACCCCAGGCCGGUUUUACCACAACCGAGAUGAAAUCGAAGAAAAACCCUCUUUUAAAAUGGAAAGGGGCCAUGCCCUGUAAUCUUGAGUGCAAUAGGAGCUGAUUGUAUUAUUAAACUUAUAGCAAUGACUUCAGGAAACACAAUGUGUUUUACUCAAAUUGCACACUUUUUUUGACCAGCUGUAUAAUAGAGUAUAUGUGUAAAUAUUGCCAUCACUGAAGAAGUAUUUGUAAUUUUAGCAUAUAAAUAUAACAGGCUUUUCAGUGGGCUUGAUGAUGCCACAGGGCCGCGCGUCAAGCACCCGGGUGAUCCCAAAGGUGUAAAUGUAUUUGCUGUACAGAGGAAGUGUCAGCGCUCGCUUCUCCUAAGGGAAUGGAGGCACCGGUCCCUUUGGAGGGCCAUGGGCAGCCCGAGGGCUCAGCAGCUUCCUUUGUGCCCAGUGAGAGCCCUGCAGUGCGUGCACUGACACAGCCACAGGGAGAGAGCCAUGGGCCUCUGCAGACUGCACCUCCAGGGCUGGAAGCACUGGGCAGGGGUGGCCCCUGCUUGGUGCUUCAAGAGACGCUUGACAUGAGCGAGUUCCUAGCUACAGAUCAAAGCAAUAGUCACUCUGAUGGCAUCUCUAAUAGAGUAGACCUCAUCUGCCAGCCUUGCACAUCAUUGGAGUGGUCAAAGCACCGCUCCAAGGCCAGCCUCCAGUGGGCUGCACUGUAUGUGAUGAAUGAAGCCAUUGUUCGCAGAUGCCUCUGAUGGUCACUACCCCAAGGACCCAAAGGAUCAUCUCCCUGGGCUGCCAGCAUGCAGUGCAGGCUCCUGCCUUGGAGAAGCAGCACUCCAGGCUGCAUGGAAUGUAUUUUUAAGAAAAUAAAUCUAUUUUUUUGUAUUUGCAGACAUAUAUUUGGGCUGGGGCAGCUUAGUUAGAAGACAAAUACCGCAAGAAAUCUUUUCAUAACCACAGACUCAACCAAGUUAAGCGAAUUUUCCAGGGUUACAGUAUUGCCCAUGUCCCUAAACAAACAGUGUCCCAUAGCUCUCAGCACUGUUUCCCCCUCUCACAACUCCCUGUCUCAGCUCAGCAGAGGGAAGCCAGCUCUUUCCUCCCCAGGCUGCCCAUGCAGUGGAUACAGAUGGUGCUCACCUCCUUCCAGUUACAGUGCUCUUUGCAUGCCAAAUGUAAACACACACUUAUCUGCAUGUCUCUCCUGACUCGACCACUGUCAGCUCUACAGUAUAUAACCAAUAAAACUUCUCUUUUUACACGUC